GUGUUAAAUUAGCACACAUAAUGUUGUUCGUGGCCUGCCUUAUUGGAAUCCAACAUAGUGUUGCAUUCUUACAAUGCCUACAACUGGACGAAUCUUUUAACACAACAUACUGCAAAGCAUCCGCGCCCACCCAUGAGUAGGUAAUGGGACGUCUAAAAUGUAAAUAUGACCGUAUUGUUUGCAUAUCCCUGGUAAACAGUAGAGGGAGACCAGCGAAUGUAUUUUAAUCAACGGAGGUUGCAUUUUCCAUGAGUUUUUAACCCAUUCAUGACGUUUCAUCAGAAAAUACAUCCAACCUUGUUAGGGCUAGUCGGCUGAUGAUGAUACCAGUCUAGUAAAAGUCGCGCCACGUCUGGCUUCCUCACACCUGCUGAUUCACCUGAUCGCUGCAAACAGUUGAGGGCAUAGGUCGCCUGGGUCUCAUCUAACUGGGUCACCCACUGCAUCUGUGAGAAAAUGGCCGGUGCUGUCCAAUGGGUUUUCCCGUUUUCUGGGCUGACCCUGCAGACGUUUAUUGUCUUCUGCGCGACUUUCCUCCUGGCAUGUGUCGUCUUCAAGCGGUCCCGAAACCUGCCUCCUUACCCAGCAGGACGCGUGCCUAUUCUCGGGCACCUCCUCGCCUUGGGCCGAGAACCGCCACUAAAACUAACGGCGUGGAGGCGGCAGUACGGGGACGUCUUCACCGUCAGGAUGGGGAUGGAAGAUGUGGUGGUUCUGAACGGCUACACUGCCGUCAAGGACGCGCUCGUGGACAGGUCCGAGCUGUUCGCGUCGAAGGCACCAAUGUACCAGGUUGAUGUGAUGCUUGGUUUCGGAAAAGACAUAUUUUCUGCCAGCUGGGGUUCCGAGUUCAGACAGAGGAAGAGGUUUGCCACCACCGUCCUGAAGAACCUGGGCAUGAGGGUCGGCCGUGGCAGCAUCGAGGGCAACAUCCGAGAGGAAGCAAACUGUCUCCGGAACAGGAUUGCAGAAAACGACGGACAGCCCUUUGACAUCGCUCAUGACGUCAUGGUGGCGGUUGCAAACAUCAUCUGCUCCAUGGCGUUCGGGAAGCGCUACGACUACAAGGAUGAAUCGUUCCGGGAGCUCUCUCAGGCGAUUAAUACGGUAUCAUCUGAACUCGCAACUGGGCAAAUCAUCAGCUUUUUCCCCUGGCUACGGUUUGUUCCUGUCGUGAACAGAUCCAUCGUCAAUGUGCUGAAAGAGAACUCCAAGGUCCAAAAGGUGUUAAGAGAGGAGAUAUCUCGCCAUCGGGAACACCUGGAUCGCGAGAACCCGCGAGACUUCAUCGACUUCUGCCUGCUGGAGGUUGAUCAGCAGGACAAGGUGGACGGUCUGACGGAGGAGAAUGUCAUGUACAUUACGAAGGACCUCUUCUUCGCUGGAAUUGAGACAACCACUAACACACUGCUCUGGAGUCUGCUCUAUAUGGUUUCGAACCCCGACGUCCAAAAUAAGGUACAGCAGGAGCUUGAUGCCGUUGUUGGUGCGAGUCUGCCCGCCCUGUCCCACCGCUCCCAGCUGCCCUACGUGAACGCCUGCCUGAUGGAGACCAUGCGGAUCCGCACUCUUCUGUCUGUCAUCCUUCACGCCACCGCGCAGGAGGUCAAAGUGCAGGGAUACGACAUUUCUAAGGGAACUCGGGUGUUGAUGAACAUGCACUCCCUCCACAUGGACCCCGCCUACUGGCCUGACCCGGACCGGUUUGACCCCGAAAGGUUUCUGGACGCGGAAGGGAACGUCAUCAACAAACUUCCAGCCUUCAUGCCUUUUUCAGGAGGCCACCGUGUAUGUCUAGGUGAGCAGCUGGCCCGGAUGGAACUUUUCCUGUUCUUCUCGACCCUGCUGCAGUCCUUCACCAUCAAGACGCCAGAGGGCGCUCCUCCUCCAAACACUGAUGGCAUAUUUGGUCUGGCGUUGAAACCGCAUCCGUUCCAGCUCUGUGCGAUUCCGCAAAUCUCGCGCGCGCCAAUCCCGCACAAACUGCGGGUUUCCAUGGCGAGGUGGAAGGAGCUGCAGGCCACACCCGCGGCCGGCGUGGAGCGCCUGAUCAGGAUCUUCGACGUUCUGGACAUUCAGGACAUUCUGGGCAAACUGAAAACCAUGAAGAUCAGACUUGAACUUGUUGACUGCGUCUUUAAUCCUAAAGGCAUGGCUGCUGUCGUCAGCUGGAUAGCUGGGUCUGUCCAGGAGAUUCUGCUGAUCUCUGGACUGACUGCGCAGACCUGUCUUGUCUUUUGUGCGGCUUUUCUCCUGGCAUAUGUUCUCUUGAAACGCCCCCAAAACCUGCCUCCCUACCCGGCAGGACGCGUGCCUGUUCUCGGGCACCUCCUCGCCUUGGGCCGAGCGCCUCACCUCAAGCUGACGGCGUGGAGGCGGCAGUACGGGGACGUCUUCACCGUCAGGAUGGGGAUGGAAGAUGUGGUGGUUCUGAACGGCUACACUGCCGUCAAGGACGCGCUCGUGGACAGGUCCGAGCUGUUCGCGUCCAGGCCGCCAGUCUACCUGUUCGAUGCGUUUGGAAAAAACAAAGACAUCCUUACUGGACAUUGGGAUCCAGGAUUCAAACAGAGGAAGAGGUUUUCCACUACCGUCCUGAAGAACCUGGGUAUGAAGGUCGGACGUGGUAGCAUCGAGGAGAAAAUCGUAGAAGAAGCCAAGUUUCUUCACAACAGGGUGGCAGAAUACGAAGGAAAGCCAUUUGACAUCGCCCAUGACGUCACCGUAACGGUCGCAAACGUCAUUUGCACCAUGACGUUCGGGAGGCGCUACGACUACGAGGAUGAGUCGUUCCAGGUGCUCUCGGAGGCCGUUACAGCCGUAGGGACUGAACUUGCGGCUGGCCAAAUCAUCAGCGUCUUCCCUUCCCUGCGCUUUGUUCCUGGAGUUAACAGGGUUGGUACAAAUUUGGUCGAACACCUCUCGAAGCUGCAGAGGGUGCUGUGGGAGGAGCUCUCGCGCCAUCGCGAACACCUGGAUCGCGAGAAUCCGCGAGACUUUCUGGAUUUCGGUCUGCUGGAGGUUGAACGGCAGGAGAAGGUGGACGGUCUCACAGAGGAGAUUGUCAUCUACCUGACCCAGAACAUCUUUGUGGCCGGGACAGAAACGACGGCAGACACUCUGUUGUGGGCUCUUCUCUACUUAACCCAGAAUCCAGCCAUUCAACAUAAGAUACACGAGGAGCUUGAUGCCGUUGUUGGCGCGAGUCUGCCCGCCCUGUCCCACCGUUCCCAGCUGCCCUACGUGAACGCCUGCCUGCUGGAGACCAUGAGGAUCCGCACUCUUGUUCCCCUAUCGGCCCCCCACGCCACCACACAGGACGUCAAAGUCCAGCAGUUUGACAUCCCCAAAGGAACCCAGGUACUACCUAACCUGCACUCACUCCACACGGACCCCGCCUACUGGCCUGACCCGGACCGGUUUGACCCCGAAAGGUUUCUGGACGCGGAAGGGAACGUCAUCAACAAGCCCGAGUCCUUCAUGCCCUUUUCAGGAGGCCGCCGUGUGUGUCUGGGUGAGCAACUGGCCAGGAUGGAGCUUUUCCUGUUCUUCUCGACCCUGCUGCAGUCCUUCACCUUCAAGACGCCAGAGGGCGCUCCUCCUCCAAACACUGACGGCGUCGUUGGAAUAACGCUGACCCCGCAUCCGUUCAAGCUCUGUGCGAUACCUCGUUAGUUUAUGCUAGAUUGUCCGGCCCAAGAUGAUUUUAUAAAUGGUUGAAAAAAAUCAUUGUUCGAAUCAGCACUGAAAUGUAGGACAUAAGAUAAGUGUGACGGAAACAAACAAACUUACCAACAAGCAACAUGGCCGCCCCCAUGGGCGCCAACAAAAACAGUAUAGCUUUUCCAUUCGACAAAACUGUGAUAACUCAGUACUAUUUUGAUAGUCAAUGCAAGUAUCACAUUAUAUAAGGAUGCUUUGGUCUCAUCAUAUCAAUCAGUCAUACCGCGAAAAGUUAGCAAUAAUACAACUUGGGUAUUACAAUAAU